UUUUUAUUCCAAGUGUUGCAGCCAGUAAAAGUGUAAAAGUAAUUUCCUGGAUAUGGAGCAAGUUUCUGAGGACGUAAAGCGAAGUUUCGGCCCCGUAAUGGACCACGCCCUAGAAGUCAUCAGGACAGAAGACAUGCCUCGUUUGACGUGCUUUUUUUGCCGCGAAGUUAUUGUUGGAUAUGUCGACGAACUUCAGCGGCAUGUUAACCAACAUAUCCGGAACAAUGACUUCAACCCAUCCAGUAUAUUCUACGACUGCAUGAUUCCCAAAUGCAAGUCCCGAUAUGACCAUUUUAAAUCAUUAAAGCGACAUAUAGUUCUGCAACAUCCUGUACACAGCACUAACCCUGCCGAUUCCACCGAGCACAACGUUAAUGUUGACUUGGGAUCCGAUGAUGAGCCUUGUAUUAAAAAACCCAGGAUCCAGAUUCCUGCGUCUUCCUCCGAUGACCAGGCAGGCUAUACCACUGGGAAAACUAGUACUUCAUCUCUUUCUCGGAUUAAAGAAUGUUUAUCACUUGGUAUUUGUCGCCUUGCGAAGGACGUUUCCCUGCCACAGUCCAAAAUUACGGAAAUGAUUACAGUAUGUGAAACACUCGUUCGCAUGCUUUCCGAAUAUUUCCAGGAAAAUACCCAGUCAUUUCUGGAAAAAAAUGAAAUCGAUCAAACAUCACAGGAGGCGGUGUUAUUUUUAAACUGUUUCCAUUUGCCUGAUUUAUUCUCCGACGUCUCGACAUCUGCUAAACAAACUCAAUUUCUGAACAAACUUGCUGUCUCUAUUCCAAAUCCUGUGGAAAAAAUGUUACAGACGCGUGAAGACAUCCGACACGUUAACGGAAUCUCAAAGCGAGUUCGAAUUAAUGAAACAUUUACUUAUAUACCUGUCAUUGAAACCCUCAAACUCAUAUUUCGGAACCCUCAAACGCGAAAACUGUUAGAUGAUAGUCAAGAAAAUGAUCAGUUUGUUAAGGAGUACCACACAUUUCGAACAGGAGAAACUUUCAAGAAAAGCCAGUUUUUCAAAGACUUCCCAAAUGCCAUAAGAUUGGAUUUAUACCAAGAUGAUGUUGAGCUUGGCAACCCAUUAAGCUCAAGAGCUGGCAUCAAUAAGAUUUCAGUAUUUAACUUUAAAAUCCAAAACAUGCCUGAUAAAUGGAACAGCUCGCCCCGUUCGAUUUUUCCUUUAUUAUACGUAACUGCUGUAGACGCCAAAAAGCACGGAUACAACAAAAUUCUUCAACCCAUGAUAAAAGAUCUACAGAAACUUGAAAACGGCGUUACGGUUUAUUACGGUUCUGAAAAGUUCGAGUUACGAGCAAUUGUGACCAUUUUUUGCGGGGACACAUUAGCACUUCACGAGAUUUUCGGUCUUCUUGGCCCAAGUGCGAAGUAUUUUUGUAGAAUAUGCACGAUUCCAAGACCAAUAUUCCACGAAAAUCCAUUCCAAACAUUUCCGUUGCGGACCAAAGAGUGGUAUCAAACUAAUUUGGCUAAACUUGAGUCUGGCGAGAUUACUAGAUCGGAAUGCGGAUUAAAACAAGGAGGAUGUAUCCUAAACGAGCUCGAAAACUUCCACGUAACUGAGAACUUUGCCCUUGAUGCAAUGCACGAUAUCGCCGAAGGACUUAUUCCAUUAACUAUCCAGUUAGUGUUGAGCCAUUACUACAAAACAAAGGAGCUAGGAAUGACUAUCGACUACAUAAACCAGCGUAUUCACAUGUUCUCAUACGGUUACAUCGACAAGAAAAAUCGACCUUCGGCUAAUUAUACGGAUGAAAUGCUCUCCAGACCAUCUACGUACAGAUUAAAGCAAACCGCUUCUCAAAAUUUGCUUUUGUUGAGGGCAUUUCCCUUUCUCUUUGGUCAUAAGGUUACCGAAGAUUGCCCAUAUAUGAUGAUGAUCGGACAUUUAAUAAAUAUAACCCGGAUAUUGAUGUCUUUAAUAAUUUCGGACCACAUGUUGGCGUCCUUAGAAGAGCACAUCAGGUUGUAUGAGGAGCUCUUCUACGCAAAAUUCAAAAAAAGAAUCAAUAAAAAUCACCAUCUGGACCACUAUAUUCUCUGCAUAAAACGAAGUGGCAACAUGAAACAAUUCAACUGUCUUGUGUUUGAGCAGAAGAACAAAGCUCUAAAAAACCAAGCAACCACAUGCAGAAAUUUUAAAAAUAUCUGCAAAAGUUUAGCCAAGCGACAGACUUUCAGAAUGGUAACGGACAUUCUGGACAACCCGUUUGCUGAUAGUAUAACCUACGGACCGGGAACCAUCGUAGCACGAGAAUCUUGUCUGAGUAAAGCCUUUCUGCAACCUUCCAUAGCUGUAGUCUUUAUACCGAAAAAGGUAACGAUAAAUGGUAUUGAUUUCCGUUCAAACUUGAUUGUCUGCCUCAAAAAUGCCAAGGAUAAGAACUAUCCAUCGUACGGGAUCAUCAGGGAGAUCGUUGUGAUCGACAGCAGAAUUUACUUCCUUGUAAAACUAUGUAUCACCAAGUUAUAUAACGAUUUUCUGCAAGCAUACGAAGUGGAGGUGAAUACAAAUGAACAAAUGCUCAAUUUUGAAGAUAUUCAUUUGCACACCACGUUUGCUUUUUGGACUCCGUAUGGAAGCGACAAAAAAUACAUCUCUAGGAGAAAUUAUCACCGCGAUUAUUAA